CGAAGAGAAAGACGAAGGAAAUCUAGAAAUGAGAAUGCCGACAGCAAGAUCGGAGAAAUCAAAGAAAAAAAUGAAGAAAAUGAGAAGAAGGGAUGCCAAAAAAAUCAUCUCCGAUCAGAAAUGAAGAGGAAAAAAUGAAGAGACCCUUAUCUUCACCAUGUUAACUGUUUUACUGGCUUCGAAGUUUUAACACUUGUGCGUUAUUGGCUUUUUGUCCGCAUGCUGCUUCUCUUUCUCUUCCACGUACCCACCCUCAAGCAGGUGUCGCUCUUACCCAUAAUUCAAACUCGAAUCUGCAACAGUGGAAUCUCAGUAGACUCGACGUUAUCCUCCAAUAUUGAGCGCCGAUUCCUACUUUUGAAGUUCAUUUCGACUUGGGAUGUAUAUCGUUGCAACCUCAAGAUUGGUGCUCUUGCGCGAGAAGGAAACCCUGGUGCUGCACGGAAAUUGUUCGAUGAAAUGCCCAAGAAAGACGUGGUUACGUGGAAUUCUAUGGUGACUGGGUACUGGCAAAAUGGUUUUUUGGAAGAGUCGAGAAGGCUGUUUGAGUCGAUGCCUGUGAAGAACGUGGUUUCUUGGAAUUCUAUGAUAGCUGGGUUUGUGGAGAACGACAUGGUUGACGAUGCUUCCAACUAUUUUCUGACAAUGACAGAGAAGAAUACUGCGUCAUACAACGCAAUGAUCUCGGGUUUUGUAAAAUUUGACCGGAUGCAUGAAGCACAAAAACUUUUUGACGAGAUGGCUUCUCGGAAUGUCAUUUCUUACACGGCAAUGAUCGAUGGGUAUGCCAGGAAAGGUGAGAUCGGGCGCGCAAGGGCACUGUUUGAUGUCAUGCCUCGUAAAAACGCUAUCUCUUGGACGGUGAUGAUUAGUGGCCUUGUGGAGAAUGGGUUUUAUGAUGAUGCAGGGAAACUGUUUGAACGAAUGCCGCAGAAGAAUAUUGUUGUGAAGACAGCUAUGAUAACGGGUUACUGUAAGGAGGGGAGAAUGGAAGACGCUAGAUUCUUGUUUGAAGAAAUCCGUUCCAGAGAUCGCAUUUGUUGGAAUGCAAUGAUAACAGGUUAUGCUCAAAAUGGGAUAGGGGAGGAGGCAAUGAAUUUGUUUUCACAAAUGGUCAAGACUGGGAUGCAACCAGAUGACUUGACUUUUGUUUCAGUUUUUACUGCCUGUUCCCAUCUUGCAUCACUUGAAGAAGGAAGACAGGUUUAUGCUCUAGUAAUUAAGCAUGGGUUUGAGUCAGAUUUGCCUGUAUGUAGUGCCUUGAUUACUAUGUACAGCAAAUGUGGUGGAAUCGUUGAUUCUGAGUUAGCUUUUCUACAAAUUUCUCAUCCAGACCUCGUUUCAUGGAACACCAUCAUUGCUGCAUUUGCACAGCAUGGUCUAUAUGACAAAGCCUUCUCCUACUUCAAUCAGAUGGUUUCAGUCGGUGUUGAACCUAGCGGGAUAACUUUCUUGAGUUUGCUAUCUGCUUGUUGUCAUGCGGGGAAGGUUGAAGGGAGUAUGAAUCUGCUUAAUAUGAUGAUCCAUAAAUAUAAUAUUUCCCCAAGGUCUGAACAUUAUGCUUGUUUAGUUGAUAUAAUGGGUCGAGCAGGUCAGCUGCAGAGAGCCUUCAAAAUAAUCCAAGAUAUGCCAUUUGAAGCAGACUCCGCCAUCUGGGGUUCUCUUCUUGCUGCCUGUAGUGUUCAUGUAAAUGUUGAAUUGGGGGAACUGGCAGCUAAAAGAAUUCUGAAUUUGGAUCCUUAUAGUUCUGGUGCUUUUGUUAUGUUAUCUAAUAUCUAUGCUGCCGCUGGCAAGUGGAAGGAUGUCAAUAGGAUCAGGAUUUUGAUGAAAGAUCGAGGAGUUAUAAAACAAAGAGCAUGUAGUUGGGUGCAGAUUGGAAACAAAACCCAUUGUUUCCUUGGAGGGGAUGCAUCUCAUCCAAAUAUUAGCGAUAUUCAUGUUGUGCUAAGGAGGAUUACCCUACACAUGAGGAUGCAUGAUGAUGCUAAAAUAUUUCGUUGUAAGAAACCGUGAUUUUUAUAAGGCUACAAAUUUGCAAGGGAAAAUACACGUUUUUAAAUGUAGGACAAGGAAUUCAAGAAUUUGAGAAAAGUGUAUUGUUCUGGAAGCUCACUUGGUAUUGGCCAGGAGCUCAAAGAGAGUGUAUUCAUUUGGAUAGUUUUGAAGAAGCCCCUCUCAAAUCUCGACUGACACAAAAAGCUCGUGUACUGUGUGGUGGUGAUGUUGAAGACUUGAAGCAUGUACUGUGCACCUAUAUACAUGCAUAAAAUGUUUGGACCUUGCUGGUUCGAAAUGAGCUUCUUUCCUUUAUGAAUGAGAAUUUUGGUAGCUGGUUGAAUAAUGAUGACCAGAGGGGUGGGAGUAUGUGGUGAUGGGUUGUCGCUUUUGGCUUAACAAUAUGGAAGUUACGGGAUCGUAGGAAGGUUUGCAGUCCUCAAAGAGCUGGGAAGGUUUGAUUUUUUUUUUUUUUUUCCCUGACCAUCAGAAAGUUUGAUUUUAAUGAAGAAUCGUUAUUGCGUGAAGAGAAGUUGAUGAUUCCUUAAUACCCAUAUCCAAAUUUCUCCCGCAUACCAAUUGAAGCUGUAAGUUUCUUCCUAAUAAAAUUUUAUUGUUGAUUAAGCCGCCUUCUGUUGUAGGACUGAGUCCUAACAAUUUGAGUUUAGAAUAUUGGGAUAGAUCGCAAUAUACGCUGCACGGAGUUGUGAAACAGCAAAACUGGGUGGAAGCUAGUGGUAUUCUUGUUGUGCCUCUGCAGGCAAUGGUUAAUGAAAAAUCCCCUUUCAAGAAUCAAUUUUUCAGUUUUACUAGAGCUCAAACAUGUAGAAAACAGUCAUAUCAAUCCAAAAAGAAUAACAAUAUCUAUGGUGAUUGGAUGAGGAAGAACGGAUCAAUGAACUAGGCAGGUAGAGAACAGAGAUGCAGGUUAUUGGAGUUCAUAUUGCUUUUUUGGUAAGGCAACAUCGAGGAAGUAUAUCUGGCUGUUCUAUGUCUUUUUUUUUUUUUUCCCAAGUUUUUAAUGCUUAAUCCUUGGUUGAUGAUUGUAAAUUAUGAUAGUGCUAUGUAUCAUUUGCAUUAUUGGGAUCAUGCUUUCUAGGAAGGACUUCCUAGAUUGUUGUUUAUCCGUGGGAAAAUAUUAUAGCUCUAUAUUCAAUUGUGGGGUAAAAUUAUUAGAUGAUAACUGUAGUAACCUUAUUUCUUAAUUUCAGUGUCUGGUAAAUGGUCGUAUCCUUGUCCUCUAUCCAGAUUUGGUCUUGUCA